AUGAAAUUAUCUCCUAUGUCACCCUCCAAGUACUAUCUUUUUCACUUUUGUUUUCUUCUCAUCACAUCCACUACUUUAUCAAAAUCCAAUUUCCAGCCCAAAACUUUAUUCCUAUUAGUCAAGAAAGAUCCAUCUAGCCUACAAUACAUUACUCAAAUUCACCAAAGAACACCUCUUGUCCCUCUUAAAUUAGCCCUCAAUCUUGGUGGUGAAAGCCUAUGGGUUGAUUGUGAAAAUGACCACAAAAGCUCAACGUACAAGCCCGCACGUUGCGAAUCAGCGCAAUGUGAACUUGCCUGGUCAACAUCAUGUGGAAAUUGUUAUGUAAGUAACACAUUACUACCAAUUUGCAACUCAUGCUAUAACGUUGUUUCAAAUCCUGUUACCUCCACUGGAGGUGAAAUCGCAGAGGAUGUUUUGACAAUCCAAUCAAUUCACGGGUCAAUUCCAGGACCUGUUGCAAUUGUCCCAAAUUUCAUCUUUAGUUGUCCUACUACAUCCAAUUUAACACAAAAUUUAGGCAAAAAUGUUAAAGGAAUGGUUGGUUUUGGGCAGCAAAGUCCAGUAUCAUUUGCUACUCAAUUUGCAUCAAUUUUCAAAUUCAGCAGACAAUUUGCCAUUUGUUUGAGCUCAUCAACUAAACGAAACGGUGUAAUUUUCAUCGGACAUAGCCCUUAUUUCAUUAGCCUCGCAUUUGAUGCAUCACGAGAUCUAAUCUACACACCUAUAAUCACCCAGCAACGUUUCGUUGCCAUUACCUACCCACAUUAUGUACGCAUCAUUCGCCCCUCACCAGAGUAUUACAUUCAAGUUACUUCCGUUAGAAUUAACGGAAAAACUUUACCAUUAAACAAAACACUACUCACAUUAGAUGAAAACGAAGAAGGUGGAACGAGAAUCAGUACGGACGUUCCGUACACCGAAUUAGAGCCUUCUAUUUACGAUAUCGUAAGUAAAGCUUUUAUUACUGAAAUGCCAAAAGAAGUCAAAAAGGUACCCGCAGUGCAACCUUUUAAAACUUGUUUCGACUCGACAUAUAUUGGUGUGUCACGCCUAGGUUACGAUGCACCUGAAAUUAAUCUCGUAUUUCAGAAACGAAAUGUUUAUUGGACGAUUAUCGGAGCGAAUUCGCUAGUAAAAGUUAAGGAAGGUGUUAUAUGUCUAGCAUUUGUUGAACGAAAAAAAACAACGGGACAAGCAAUUGUUGUUGGUGGAUAUCAAAUGCAAGACAAUCUUAUAGAAUUUGAUUUAUCAAGAAGCAGAAUUGGUUUUAGUAACUCACUUUUUUAUCGUCAAACUAUGUGUGCAAAUCAUAAUUAUGCUUAG